AUGAUAGGGCCAAACACAGUCCAAACACCAACAACCCAUCAUCAAAACUCAGAAGACGAUGAUAUUGCCAGUGUAACAACAACAACAACGCCCACCACUUCAAACUCGGUCAAUAUUCAUCCGCAUCAUCACCAUCAACAAUAUUCAAAUAAUAACAACAAAUCCUCCCAUUUUGUUCCUCCGGCACAAUUCCAAACCACAAUGACACCAUUGAUGGACCACCACCCAUCAUCAACAACAACAACAAUAAGCACUACGACAUCACUCCAUUCUUCUUCUUCUUCUUCUGCAACCUCAUCAUCAACCACAGAGGAGUUUCACAACAUUCAUGAACCACCACAAAAAGAGAACCAUGUCAGCAGUAGUAUUAGUAGCAAUAACAAUAGUGGUGGCAACAGCAGUGGAACGAGACUAGAGGCCACUUCUCCAACACCUCAAUCGACGACCAUUAAUAAUAAUAUUAAUAAUAACAGUAAUAAUAAUAAUAAUAAUGGUGGCAACAAUAAUUCCAUUCCAUUAUUACCGAACAGUCAUAGCUGCACAAAACCUACACCACUCUCUCCCAGUAAACCCUUGUCGAGCCUCAUCCAUCUUGCUACCACUCAACAACAACAACACCAUCAACAUGGCAGUACUUCUACGGAGAUGAUGAGCUUAUCGGGAGGAAAAAAAGUAGGACUCUCAAUUCCUCCUUUGAAUUUAUCGGGUAAUCGACAUCAUCAUCAUCAUCACCACCAUCAACACACUCAGAGUGAUUUUGCUAAUUCGCGUUCCUCAUCGACCAAUUCUCAAACGCCUCAUCAUCAAAGCACAACAGCAUCUGGUUUUUCCUUGCAAACCUCCUCUUCCACGGGACGGCUAUCGGAAUCGGGACGACACUCGGAUGCUUCGAUAUCCUCUCCUGGAGAUUCUUCUUCUUCGUCGUCGACCAAUUCGACCACCUUCUCUCCAUUCUCUCAAUCGCAGCAGCAGCAACAACAACAUACGCACCGAUCAAACCAAAAUUCUACGCAACAGCAACAGCAACAACAGAACUCAAAAUCAAACCCUCCUACUCCUCAGAAUGGUACUUCCAACUUGUACACCUCUUCAGAUGCAUCACCUUUUUCAACGACAACGAAUUCGGAAGGCAGAGAGCUUUCUUCUUCUUCGACAGAGUCUUCGAGUGUCACUCCAUUGCUGCUGAAACGAUACGGAAGUGGUUCGAGUCCAAGUUUUGCCAACACUGGACACAUCAUUCAUGGUCAUUACCAAACACGUCAACAGCAACAACAAGGAGGCCAAGCUUCACACGAUCAUAGCGUACCAAAAAUUCAACAACGAAGAGGUCAACACUUUCCACAUGAUCGUUUCAAAAUUGUCAUGAAUGAUUUCACAAUACAAAUCACAGAGAAGAAUAAUGAGGCAGCAAUUGUAGAGGAAUAUACAGAACUCAAGUCUUUGGGACGAGGUGGACAAGCAACUGUUUUUUCUGCUCUCGAAAAGUCAACAGGAGAACGAGUGGCUUUGAAAAUUAUUAAUGCCGGUGGAAACUCUGCACAAUUAUGGAAUGAGUUUAAUAUUUUGAGAGUUAUGAAGCAUCCAUCGAUUAUUCCAGUUUGGAGACUGUAUGAGACAAAAAGUAUUUUCAACUCGACCAUUGUAUUGACCAUGCCAGUUUACAUUCAUGGAGAUUUAACUGGUUUUAUCACAAAGUUUGCUCCUCAUUGCGAACCAAAAAAUCCUUUCACACCACAUUGUAUUAUUGAUAUGGUACUUCAAAUCACAGACGCAAUUCAAUACACACAUUCUAAAGGAAUCAUUCACAGAGAUUUGAAACCUGAUAACCUUUUCAUUUCUAGUCUAGAGGUCGAUAAAAAGAAUAAGAAAGAGAUUACUUCAUGCAAAGUCACACUCGGAGAUUUUGGUCUAUCGAAAAAUAUUCAACAAUCAAUGGCCGUCUCAGUGGUGGGAACGUUUGGUUGGAUGAGUCCGGAUCAUUUAAACGCUACAUUUUCUUACAAAACCGAUAUGUGGAGUUUAGGUUGUAUUAUAUAUUAUUUAAUUAGUCUUGAUCAAGCUCUACUGAACACCAAUGAGCUUAUCAAUGAAAAUCACAAUUCUCACAAGCUAAAAAUGGUUGAAAAGAUGAAACAAAGGAUGAAUUCAACGUCGCUGCCUCAAAACUUUGAGGAAUUGAUUGACAUUGUCAUUAACAAACUCUUACAAAAGAAUCCUGAUGAUAGAAUUUCUUCACAUGAGUUCUUUUGGGAUUACUUAAUACCGUGGAGAUAUCAAAUUGAUGAGAGCGAACUGACAGAAUUAACAACUAAGAGCGGAUAUUACAAAUGGCGAGGAACAUUUGUUACUAAACGAAAAGUCACUGCAGAUCAGUUUAAAACUCUGAUUCAGUUGAGAGAUAUUCAAUAUGUCACUCAUAUUCUUGGAUUUUUUACGAAAUUUGAUAGUGACACUCAACAAGAAGAGAUUUUUGUGAUACACAAGCCGCAAGGAAUUAAUUUGAAAGAGUACUUGGUACCUUCGAAUCCAAGAUAUGUUUCAUUGCAUGACAAGCUGGAGAUAUUGCUAAAAAUUGCUACUGCUAUCGAAGAAAUUAACAGAAACACUGAUAUUCAGUUUAUCAUCAAAUUGGAUGCUUCCAAGAUAUUUAUUGAUGAACAUGGAGAAGUCAUUCUAUCAAUUUUGGACGCUAUUGAAGUGCAACAACAACCCAUGGAAAAAGAUAACAUUUACAACUUGUAUUUUUUCAGUUUGGAUCUUUUGGAUGAAUGUCGAGAAAUUUACAAUUAUCCUUUCGAAGAGGCCUAUGAUGUUUGCUAUCGACAACAUGGCUCCGAGUUUAUAGAUUUUCCUCGGUUACUCGUGUUCGUGUUUAACGGAUCGAUAGUGACGCAUCCAUGCAAGUAUUCCAUGACCUAUGUGUCACAAAAACUUUUCACUCAACUCUACACGACGCACCGAUUUCCAACAGAUCGAUUUCCUGAUCGAAAAGACAGUAUUACCUCUACUGUAUCUUCAACUACCUCUCCUGUUAGUCUCACUCCUCCAGCAGACGCUCCGAUGAUCAAUAUUAGUCAGUCGCCUCCAUCUUCCAAUCUUUCCAUUAUUACUCAGACUUUAGAAGCAGAAAGAUUAAGCCCAGAGGAACAGUUUCACUGUUCCCAUCAAAGGAUCAAGGAAAUGAUACGAGCCAACUCAGUGAGACACAUAUUGAAAGCGUAUCACAUCGGUAGAGAUGGAACAGACAAGAAAUGGACACAAAUUAUCAAAGACGAAGAAGAAGAGAAUGAAAGAGAAUCCUCCGUUGAAACCUAUGAUGAACAUGUUUACAACAGUCUUCAGAAUUAUCACUUACACUCUGUGACGUCAAACACUUCGUGCACAGAUGCAGGCUUCUCAAAAAAGAAUCCAGAGUUGGUGAAUGUAUCUAUCGAAUGUCUUAGUUUCCAGCCCAACCUGUUUAGAGAUUACUUUAACGGAAAACAAAUGGAACCUCUCUAUUUAUAUUGGUACCUAAUUGAUAUCAAACAAAAACGCAGAAUUUCAGAGACUUUUUGCUGUGAUGUCAAUACAAAGCAAAUGAAACAACUGUUAGGUGACAUUGCUGAGGAAGAUGAUCCACUCUCUGUUAAAAGAAGUCGAUGCUCAGGUUAUGAGGUAGAUUCAAGCAACUCUGAUAUCAUGGUACUAUUUAUUGUAUCAAAAACUCUUCAAGGAAACGAUUUUACAGAUUCCUAUAUCAAACCAUCUAAAAACAAACUCACAGAAGAAAAAUUCUCAAAAGCUUUGAAUGGAUUAUUGCCACAAUUACAGAAUUUCCAGCAAGAUUUUGCUUGGGCUUGCGAACCAUUAUUUGACUUUGAAGGAAAUCUUAUUCUUCCAAAGCAGAUUGAAACAUUUUAUUAUAUGGAUGAAGUUCGAAACGAACACUCAUUCUACGAAUUCUUUGAAAAACGAGAUGUAAAAAAAGAAAAGAUUGUGCCUAUGACUUUAAAGCUUCACUGUGAAAUGAGCAAAUCGUUUGAAACAACCCCUGUAACAAAAUCUGAUAGCUUAACUGAACUGGAUGCCAGUGUCGAUCUCAAAAACACUUCCUUUUACUUGAAACAAACGUCAAACACCAAUAACGGAGCCUACUUGUGUAAAAUGUUCACGUUUGCUCCUAACUUUAUGAGAUCAUUGACCGACAGUAAUAAUUUGUAUGUGUAUCCUCAGUCGAUUACUUUUAAGCGCCGAUCUCUAUUUUUGAGAGACAACAUGUCGAUAGGAAUUAUUGUAAAAUUCAAACGAGACGACAAGGAUCUGAAUGGAGAAGGCGAGAAAGUUUUCUUGCGAAAGAACAACAAAACAUUUAACGAAGGUUAUUCCACAGUUUCUUACCAUUGCAGUAGCCCAGAGUUUAAUGAUGAAAUCAAAGUUCAAUUACCGGAGCAUCUCACUUCAAGUGAUCACUUCCUUUUCACAUUUGUUGACAUUGAUUGCGAUAAUGAUCAAAAAUCUAUGCAAGUCAUUGGAUAUUCAUCUUUCAUGCUUUUAGGAAAACAUGGUCUUCUCGCUACACAUGGCAAACAAUCUCUUACAAUCUACAAAAGAUUGCCACCAAAGAAUUACCUUCAUGGAACCGAAGAAGGAAAAAAGUCAGGAGAGUUUAAAGUUGAUUUUCAAGCAAUCUCUACUUUGUAUACUACCGAUAUUAACUUGUAUGAAUUCUUUUCUGCAACUGAAUUGGUCAAAGUUAUGAAAAACAUUUAUGGAGAUUCUGUGACUGAAGUCCAAAAGAAUAUCAAUCAAAAAUUGAAAAAUUUGGAACGAGUGGUUGACUUUAGAAACUUGAUUCAAUACAUGCCACAAAUCAUGGAUGUACUUUUGCUGAUGAUAACAUUGAAGCAAUAUCCACAGGUACAAAUUCAAGCUUUUGACUUACUAAAUUCAUAUCUAGAUGGGUUGAAGAAAACUGAGAGAAAUACAGGUCAAUAUAUUGAGAGAUACAUUAAGGAAUCAUACGUGAACAACAAAGAAUCCACAGGAUUUUUAUUUGAGCAACUCUUGAAGAGAUUUGUAAGACAUUUGGACGAUGAACAAAAACAAAGAGCUGAACGAAAGAAUGAUGCAGUCACCAACAUGUCCGUUUAUAAUUUACUUUCCUCCGGUGAUGCAUUUCUUAUCAAACUACCAAAUGAUAGCUUACUCAUAGAGAAUAGUUCUAUUUAUUUCCAAUUAAUUGAGAAAUCUCUCAUACUCUAUAUGCACAGUAACAAGUUGUUAAAUCAACAUCACUCCUCUACCAAUCCUUUGAGACAUUUAAAGAAAAAGAAGGAUGACUUACCCGGACCUUUCAAUCAAAUUGUAGAUUUACUUUCAGAGCUGAGGACUCUAGUUUUAAAGGAAUGCAAAUUCAGAUAUUUGACUUCGAUGCAAAUGGCUAAAGUAUUGGUUGCUUCAUAUGCACAGUUGUUGACUGGAAUGUUAAAUCUCGUGGACAAGGGAUUCAUCAUCACAGAAAUUGAAAUGUUUUUGGAUGAAUUCUUACCUUCCAAAGAUCAACAAUUUGAACAAUUCCAAGAGCUCAAGAAUAUAUUUUUAAAACACAUUGCAAGCUAUGAUCAUUUGCUUGUAUUAUGUUUGUCCUACAGCGAUAGUAGCUGUUUACAAUAUGUCAAGAAGAAUGGAAAUUACAUUGUUUAUCACAUGUGUGACAAUCAUUACUUGUCUGGAAUAUUUAUCAAGAGAUUUCUGUUGGACACUCUUCACAAACAACGAAAGGUUCGAGAAAAGGCUGCACAAACAUUUUGCUUCUUGCUUUCCAGACAUGAAUACGACAGUAGAUAUCAAACAAAAGAUGCAAGACGAAAAAUUGCUUCUCUCUACUUUCCAUUCAUUAUUAUUAUUUGUGAUCUUUGGAAAACCUAUGAAGAGCUUACCAAGGCCGAUGCUUCUAAAAAUCGUUCUGAAAAGAGACCUGAGGCACAAACACUUCUCGUUUGUUUCUUGCACAUUUUAAUUAACACUAGGAAAAAAGUAUUUCGUGAGUGGUGGAAACAAGAAGUACCUGAGAGAAAACGCACCUUCAUCAAGAUUUUGUCAUCCAUCCCAAAACUCUUCAGAUAUACAGAUACUAAAUCAAACUAUUCCUCUAUGGAUGAAGACUCUAUGGAUGAAGGAGGUGCCAGUAAUUUUAUGGCAUCCACCCCUCGAAGUACUUCGACUUUGAGAGCUCCAGUUUCGAUUCCAAAAGAACCUCUUUCUCCAAGAGCAACCAAACGAGCGAACACUGUCAAGGAUACAGUUGGAAGAAAGAGUUUUGGAAUUCCCUUCUCAAAAGAUGACAGUCAUUAUGAAACUAAAAAACCAAACCUGUCACGUUUCUCCUCACCCAACGUCAACAAACUUUCUCAUCGAACAUCGGUGAGCAUUUUGAGAAGUCAACAAUGCAGUUAUUCACAAUUGUUCCGUGGAGAUUCCAAGAAAAAAGCAAGAGAGCAACAAAAUCGUUGGAAACGAAUUCUCUCCAUUCAAGCGAGUAUUUCUACUCUGCGAAUCAUUUCAUGGAUCUUUGAAGAGGAUAAGAAUUCAAGUGAUGAACUCAUGUCAGACGUUUCCUACAUCAAGUUAUUCUUGGAAUUUUUCUUUAAUCAUUUGGAAGUUGAACAAUCAGAAACAACGUAUCACAUUGUGUUCCAACUUUUAGCUCUCUUUGUGAAAAUAUUCAAAAUUAAUGGAUUUUAUUAUUCAAGAGAGGAAGUUGUGAAAAAGGUGAAUGAAUUUGGUGCACGAUCGCCUGUUGAAACCAUGAAAAUGUUAGCCCUCUCCUUCACCAAAUGGAUGAAAAUUCUUCAACAAAACGAACCAGUUCCCUUCUCCAAUUCUGUCAAUCGACAAUCCUCCAAUUAUUUUAAUCCUGUGAAACCUCUCGAUCGAACCAAAUCAUCAGUGGCAGCAAAAUUCGAUGGAACUCUUAACAUUUCUGAUUUAUUGUGGAAUAUCAAAAUUCGAUACAAGGAGAAACAAUAUGUGGAACAAUUGAAAUCGUGGUUAAACAGUCAACCACCAGAUGUGAUCACUGCUGUGGAAUUUUUGGAAAAAGAAUUUGUCAAGUACAUGUAUCCCGAUGAUUUUGCUUCGAAUAAUAAUGAACAAGGUUCAAAAGCUGAGGAGAAUGGAGAGGAGGAGGAGGUUUUGAGCGUUGCUUCUGAGGGUGGAGAAGAAAUUUCCAUUUUCCAAGCCUUACGACAAUUGUAA